GUUGACCGCUGGAGAUAGAAAAGGCCAUGGAUGGAAGGAUGGAUGGAAUAAAAGCUUUUUAGACUCUUGUUUCAGACAUAAUCUAAGUAUUUUAUAGACAUUGUUAUCAGAAUAAGUCAGGACAAAUUCACAAUAUGGAUUAAAAUUUUAGCUGUAACCUGUAGAAACACUGUUCAAAUUCGUUUGUAUUAACAAUCUGUUGAGAAAUUAAUGGAAGAAUACUCUUUUAUCAGUGUAUCUAUGGCCACAACUGCAAUGAACAUAAACAACACUUCAUUAACAUUUAUAUUCUAAAGUAUUUUAGCAGAAUAGAGUGAAUAACAAUACAACCAGUUAAAAAAACACUUCUUUUAUGUGUUCUGUUUGUGUUGAUGAUGUUUCUCUCAGCUUGACCCGAGGUUGUUUUGAAUUUUUCAUAAUUUCACAUUGAUUCACCCUGCUUACUGACUUGUUUUCUCCAGGAUUAAAACUCAUUUAAGGGUCAGCAAUAACAAGCUCAGGACGCCUGUGUAAAUGGGACUAAAUGUACCGUGGAAAUCUGGGGCAAUGUUUCAUUUUGUGGAAAUGUUUUACACUCAUUUUUAAUUAAAAUCCAAAUUGGGGUCCAAAAAGGUUCGCGUGGACUGACAGAAAUGGUCAGAAAAUGACCCAAAUCGUUUCUUUUUUAUAAUUUCUUAUAUUAAUAAAAAUUAUUUGCCAUUUGUUUUUUAUAUUUUUCAAAUAUUUAUACACAAGAUUAGUUCUAUUGUACAUGUGCUGUAUUAUUAGAGUUAAACGUGUGUGUGUCUUCUGAGCAGCUACUGGCUUAUAUAAUCAACAUGUGGAAUGAAGACAGACCCCCUAUAGCGGCCAGAAUCCGGUUUUCGGGCUAAAGUAACGCUCCCACUCUUUGGCAGACAGAAGCUCGCAGAGAGCUGACGGCCACUCUGAUUGAUUACAGGGUUUUAGAGACCUAUAGGUGCUGCUGCUGCUGGACGAGUGCGCAGCCAUGUGUGGCUGUGACCGUGUGGUGUGUGUCGGGGCUCUGCUGCUCCCCUCCCCGACUCGACUCCCUCCUCUCAGUCCGCUAACAGUCCAGCAGAAGGUGGGUGCUGAGCUCGGUGCGCCCGCUGGUCCGGCAGGAGCGCAGCCCUGUGAGGAGGGAGCCCGGUGAGGUAUAGCUGGAGCUCGAGGAGAAGAGGCGCGCGUGCCGGCUUCAGGUGAUCCAGCUGCAACUUGGCCACUCGCUUUAAAUUCUUAAAAUCUGAAGAUCAUAUCUGGCAGCUUUCCGAACACCCUAAGUCUGCGAGCUUUAAAAGAAAUCUGCACGCGCACGAUUUGAUCACAUUAGUGUGAAACACUAAAGGUGCUAAGAGAAGGACGAGCGAGGUAUGCAUGAGGUUACCAUCCUUGAAGGUGAGAAAGUCCAUUAUUGUGUGGUGGUGAAUUAUCGGGAGCAGCCAGCUUUUCCCCUGAGGAAUAAAUGUGAAAAUGUUCUACAAGAUCUGCACUGGGACAAGAACAGCAUUAUCAGCUGACUCACAGGACAUAGUUAAGGUUGGAGACACAUGGAUCUUCAGAGGUGUUUACCCAGUUUCUUCAGAGAAACCCAGAGCAUCAUCAAACUAGGAUGUGGAACCUGAUCUGAGGUUUCUACCUUCUUUUUUUUUGACAUUUUGUAUGUUUUCUUAGUUCUGAAGACAACAUCUUACAUUCCUUUUCUUGCCAAUUUGCUUUAUGUUUAUUGUGUUUUUGUUUUCCGCUGGGGAAGCAGCAUGGAUUGGAGCCAGAAACAGCAUUUGGGGUUGAAGUCCAGCUUCCCACCUCUACAACAGGAAAAACUCAACCACACCUUCAGCUUCCACAGCGCUCUGAUGCUGAUGUCCACUUUGGACUCCCCUACAGUUCCCCUCCGUCAGCCCCUGCCCUCUUCUCAUCCUCCCUACUCCUCCCUCAUCUCCUUCCCUGCACUGUCCACUGCCUCCUCCUCUGCCCUAAAUGAUCCAACCUCCUUUCCUUUGAUCCUCUCCAACAUCUCGUCUAAUGAUCUGGCUGAUCUGGAGAAAAUGCUGCUCUGGACCCUCCAUGAACCCAGCACCAUCGCUCUGACCAUCAUGUACUGCUUGUCUUUUAUUCUGGGAUUUGUUGGGAAUCUAAUGGCGCUUCGGGUUCUCACCAGCAGGCGCAGUCGGCGGCUUGCAGGAGUCAGUGCCACCCGUAAUCUCCUGGUAAACCUGGCAGCAUGUGACCUGGCUGUGGUGUGUGUGUGCAUGCCCAUCACUCUGGGUAACCAGAUCUACACCACCUGGGUCUAUGGUGACCUCUUGUGCCGAGCCGUGCCCUUCACGCAGGCCAUGUCGGUCUCGGCCAGCGUGCUGACGCUAACGGUGAUCAGUGUGAAUCGUUAUUACAGCGUUCGAUCUCCACUCAGAGCUCGGUCCAUGUUCACUCGGCGGAGGAUCUUGGUGACUAUUGCUGUAGUGUGGACAGUGUCCUCCAUGAUGUGUGCUCCAAUCGCAGUGAUGAACCGGCGGCAGGAAAUCAGCUUUGAGACCUUCACCAUCUUGGUCUGUCAGGAGGAGUGGCCUCGUCAUCGCCUUAAGCAGGGGUACAACGUCUUGCUGUUUGUGAUGCUCUACUGCCUGCCCGUGACCUUUAACCUCACUAUCAGCUUCUUGACCGGCAGACGACUCUGGGGCGGGAGGAAAUCCACUUUUGCUGAUCUCGAUCCUCGCAGCCAAGCCCUUCACACCUCACGCUUAAAGACGAGGCAGAAGAUAGCCAAGAUGGUGGUGUGUCUGGUGCUUCUCUUCGCCGUGUCCUGGCUCCCGCUCUACUUGGUGGAUCUUUGGAUUGACUGUGAACAACAGCCGUCCUCUUGGCUCCUGCAGACACGGCCGUUUGCUCAGUGGCUGGGCCUAACCAACUCCAGCCUUAACCCCAUCUGUUACUGCUUCAUUGGAGAUUUGUAUCGCUCAGCGAAGGUCAUACGGACGCGGUACUACCAGAAAGUGGCUGCACUCUUCAGCACCUCCUCCUUCUCCAGCUCCGCUGCAGUGGUUUCACCUGCUGCAAUAAUCACAGAAACCAAAGGGAUUUCAGUCGAGCGCCACCAUUUAGCAGCUGCUGUGGCCACUUCUACAUCUGUUGUUACCAUCCCCAGACUGCUGGGCUUAGCCCGUCACCACGGACACAAGGUCCGGCACAGUUUGGACAGUGACAUGGGAUCAGACCACAGCAUCUCAGACUGGUGCCAGUCCAGUCCCAGUGUGUGCGAUAGCUCUUUAUACCACUGCCAGCUUCACACGCUUCAUCACUCCUUGAAAAAAACAGACUCCAUGCCAGCCAGGAGACACUCUGUAAAUGAGAUUGCUGUGUCAUUACCUUUACGAAUUGAACCUGUGGAAAUGGACCUGCUGCCACAGAGGAGGCAUUCAGAGGAGCGAAUAUAUGGCCUGCCACCUGAUAAGGGAGAGAUUAUUAGCAAGGACAGAGACAGAUUCUGUUACAUUAAGCGGCACAGAAGCAAAACUUCACAGCUCUAUUUCCUGGAAGGAAACUCGGAGAAUAAAACAACAGACAUGACGAGCCUAUGAAUGUCAGAUUAUCGGAUGUAUCAACAGGGAGGAAUUUCCUCUUUUUGUUCUGCAGGAAGUGAAAAUGCUCUGCUCCUGACUUGUGGUUUACAGCAGACAGAACAGAUGAAUCUAUUAUCAAACCACCUGUUUUUUGUGUGAAUAAACUGACCAGCGCUUUGCACUAUGUCUUUCUGCAUCUAGAGUUCUUAUAAGCUUUUGGGAGGAAGUGAAGGAAAAAGCAACCCUGCCGGGGAGCAGCUGGAGUGUUCUCAGGCAGUUGUCAGUAGAAGAGACGAUUACAGCUCCGUGCUAAAACAUAGAAGUCAUAUUGCACUCACAACAGCUCCUAUCAACUGCUUGAGACAAUAACACAGCAGGACUUAAAGUUUAAUGACUUUUUGUGCAGAUUUCAUUUGUGUCUAAUUGUGUUGCUAAUGGCUUUGAAUGGAUUUGUUCGCUCACAGAAAAGGUCAAACCUUUUGUUCCAUGCUGCAUGCAAGUUUCUGAUUUAUGGGUUUUCACCAUAGUACAUGUCUGCUCUAUGAUGUUCUGCCGUCUGAAAAAAAGUUGCAAAUAAUCCCAGACAUAAAUGAAAACAUGUGCAAGCUUUUUUACAUUAUUCAACGUGACUUUUGGGAACCAUUAAAAAGAAGAGCUGCAAGAG